CGUGUGUGUUUUGUAUAAUUUUUGCAUCGUCAGGCAAAAAAUUGAGAAAUUCUUAAUCGUGGGAGAAACAUUUACUUCAUUUUUGAAGUAUGUACUUUAUAUAGGAGAGGGCGAUAAGGAUGUUCGAUGAAUGGCCGAUUGGUUUAAUUUUGAAGAACACUUAUCAUAUCCCCACGUCUACCAAAAGUAAAUGACAAGACUUUUAUCAAUCAUUUUCACACGAGACAAGACUCUAGACAUCGGGACAUAGGAAUAAUCAGUUAUUUUGUGGCUAAACAUAUUUGACCAGUCACCGUGCAACUAUGAUUUAGCUAUUAAACUCGUAGAGAAAUUUAUGAAAUGCGUUCUGCAAUUGCAUUCGUAAAUAAAACAAUGGAUAUUGCAAUACAAACUAUUGAAUUAUCUCUAUCCUAACAUCAGUUAACUAUUGCGUGGAUUUACUGAUUUUGGUAUUUAGCUGGUUUUCUACUGAAAAAAACAUGUUAACAAUUUUGUACUGUGCUUUGCUGUUGUCGGCAUGGAUAUCCUGUCCCUUAGCGAACAUUGACGUGCGUCAGUGUCCCUCUAGAUUCCAGCGAACAGAGGGGAUAUGUAUUGCAAUCGAACCUUCCAAAGGUUACACUUUUGAAGAAGCUCAAAGCGCAUGCGCUAGCAAGGGAAAUAAUGCACAUCUUUUGAAAAUAGGAAAAGAAAGUGUCUUCAACUAUUUGAAAAAUAAUGUAGUAAAUAACGGUAAUGACGUAUGGCUUGGGGCGGUAUUAAAAAAUGACGGGGGGUUUGAAUGGCUCGACUCUACAAAGUGCUGUGACCCAUACUGGCUGCCAGGCGAACCAAAUAAUAAUGGAGGCGCACCGAACUGUGUUAACAUAUAUAGGCCUGGCAACAAUGCAGGCCUAAAUGACGAUCACUGUUCUGAGAGAAAAGGUUUCGUGUGUGAAAUAAAGGAAUGCACAGUUAUUUCCAAUUGUGAAACACCAAAUUGUACAUGGUAUGGUGACACUAAGUGUUCGAAAUGCUAUGAUGACAACAUAUUUUUCAAGAAAACAACAAAUGACACUCUUUGUGAACGGCUUUGUGAUCAUGACAGUCAUUUGUGUUGGCCCGGAACAUGCAGAUCUGGUUUGAAAAAGAACUGUGUGUGUGCACCGCAAUUUGACCUAAACACGAAUGUUACUUCAACUCUUUGUCAAUUGAACAAGAACCAAACAGCAACCAUCGAAACAUGCGCUACCACAGUUUACAGUGAGAAAGGCGAUGCAUUCCAAUCGAGAGGCAACUCAUCUUCUACGGAGUGCCAGUUUAGAGGAAACUUCUUUGGAAACAUUCAACCACGCCGUCUUGUGUACACAUUUGUAUCAUCGUUCAAAGUCAAUUUAACCGCGUUUGGUACAAUUCCUCCUUACAUACAGGAGACUCGCUUUGGAACUCUAACCAUCAUAAAAAAGGACCUGGGCGGUUCGGAAACAACACUUCUUGCCGAACACAUUUUAAUUGACAACAAUCAGAGUCAAAAUGCAAAGGAAUUAUUCACAAAGAACGAUAACAUCUCCAUCCCAAAUACGACGUUGGUGGAUGGACAAAUGUUGUGCGUCGUUUACGAAGCAAACAGUGGUGGAUACCUCAAGAGCAAAAAUAUGUUUACUUCUCAGCAUAUUAUUAGCGCAGCAAAACCUUACAGGAAAAGAACUUCUUCAAAACGCAUUUGUUACAAAUACGAUGCCGGCAAACCUAAACAUUGUGCAGAGUUAAUGAAUUGUAGAAUGGAACCAUUGCAGCUAGCAGAGAGAAUUACAAAGAAUCCACUCAUAAAUGUAUCAUUUAAUGGCUGGACAGAUCCUUUUCCAAGUGGAGGAAAUCAAAGCCAUGCCUCUGGAAUUGAAUCAUUCGAAGUAUAUGUUCAUGAGGUCGUUCCACCGAACGGCACACUUAGUUCCAUUGUUUUUAGUAAGAAAGUAAACAAUGCCGAAUCGUCUAUAAGUUUAAACUUUACAUCAGAUCUACCGAAAUUGUACUGCAUAACAUUGGAAACAAAGGACUUUGCAAAUAAUGUCCAACGUGCCAGAAGAUUUGUGUUGUAUGACAACUUCUCGUCCUUAAACACAUCCUACAAGAAUUUGUUCCAGAUAACAAGCGCUUCGAGUGCUGAACCUUAUGCGUGGCAAAAUCAUCACAGCGAUGUGUGUUUGGACUGGAAAGGUUACUUUUACAAUACAUUUUUUCGAGACAACGAACUACUUAACUCAAUACAACCAGAUCGUUUAAUUGAAGUUGACAGUAUUUAUGAUCAAACCGAAGGCGUUUUGCCUGUUAGUGGUACGCCUAAUAUCGCCGGUAUUUUGGGAUUUGUGUUUCAUUGGACACGGCACAGACAGUUUCAUGAAAAUACCACUGGUUCAGAUAUUGUUCCAAAUUUUGAAAACCAACAGUUUUGUAAAGCAUUGGACAUGGAAGAUGGCGAUACAUUUUACAUGCAGAUUGAGGCUUUGGACGUUGUAAAUAACAGUUUAGGUAGUAACAGGACAUUAUUUAUUGACAGGACCGCUCCUCAAAUUGUAAAUAUCAAUCUCCUAAAAAACGGAGUAACGCAACUAUUUGUCUACGAUUCAACGGAUCUUUCGGGGAUGAUUUUGUUUUUUAAAACUUAUGAUUCACACAGUGGAAUCAGAAAUAUGAAAUGGUCAUUUGGAAAAAGCGACACAAGAGAAGAGUUAUUAAACGGCACGCUAGGUGCCAAAUAUGUAAAUGAGAGUUAUAACUGCACAUCAGGGGCUGAUGCAUGUUAUUGUCCCAUGAUUGGUAAAUGCGAACAUUUCAACUACACAGUUGACUUGAAUAAAUUGCACAUUCUUGGAACCCACAUGGGUAAUCACAAUCGUAACUACUAUUUCACGUUGACGGCAACUAACAACGCCGGGCUAUCAAACACGGAGAGCAUUGACAUACUAGUUGAUGAUUCACCUCCAGAACCCGGGGUUGUAUUUGAAGGACCCGUGGAUGGCAAUGAUAUUGACUACACCAGUGACAAUAGUUUCAUCGUGCAUUGGUUUGGCUUUAUUGACCACGAAAGCGACAUAAAUAUGUAUCGUAUUGCAGUUUCAAAAUCGUGCCUUACAGCAGAUGAUCUUGAAAGUCCACAUUUAGAUAUUAUUUUACAGUACAAAGAAAUUCCUUCAUCGGAACAGUCAGUAGUUAUGAAUAAUAAUCAUACCGGAAAAGUUUUUACUACUAUCGUAGCCUACAAUAAUGCAAUGGAACCAUCAAAAGCGGUUUGCUCUGACGGCAUUACUAGAGAUAGGACACCACCUCAAGUAAAAAAUAUCCGCGUGAGAAAUUCAAAAUGGCGUGAGACGUUGCUUUGUAAUGGGACGAAAUUAUUUUUUCUCACAUCAAACAUGGAAAAAAUUCAAUUGUCAGUUAAUGAUUUUGAUUUUCACCGAUCUUGUUCCCGGAAAAAUCAAUCGCUGGCAUAUUCCAGCGCAAUCAAUCAAAUGAUUGAGUCACUUCCUUCAAAGAUUAUGAAAAAUGAUGGUGCUAUGUCUGCAUUUAUUUUGGAACAUAUUCCACUGUACAACCCGGAAGAAUUUGCAUUUAUACCUAAUGACCAUAUCCAUAUUGACUGGGAAAUGGAGGAUGACGAAUCACAAAUAAAUGACUUUUAUGUUGGAAUAGCUCGCUACGAAAAUGUUUUACCAUCUGUUCCGACGUUAAUAGAUUAUCAACCAACUCACAGAAAUACUUAUUUUUCUUUUCACCACGCAGGAGUUGGGUCUAAUGAACCAUUUUAUUUACUGCUGAAAUCUGUGAAUAAAGCAAAUUUACAAAGUACUACUACAAUCGGACCAUUUAUAAUUGACAACACACCGCCUGAGUACAACACAAUUCCAUCCGUCGAAAUUGACGAUAAGUUCAUAAAUAUUUCUUGGUCAAACGAUACAUUUUAUGACGAUGAACAAAGAUCACCAAUACAGACAAUCUUUUUUCAGUUUGGGCAUGACGACGUCACGGUGACUCCGCUGUUGGAAUGGACGUUAGAUCAAUCAAAGAAAUGCGUCCAUGGGGACUUUUGUUUCUCAAUUCCACUGAGCAAAUUGCAAUACGCUGAGACCGAGCAAGGUGUAUUCUUUUAUGCGAAUGUUUACCUUUACAACAUUGUCGGGCAUUCUAGAGAAUUACAAUCCUCGUUGUUUCAACUGCCAUCAAUGUAUCCACCUGGAAAAGGCCACGUUAUCGACAUUGAUCCGAACGUCAUCGAUAUAUUUAACAAGGAAGACGUUGCAAUUCAUUUUACUCCACAUAAACUGUGUGCACAUUGGCAUGGUUUUCAUCAUCACGAAAACAUAUCGUACACAAUUGGCAUCGGAUCUAAAAUAAGCAGUGCCGAUAUUGUUGGUUUUGUUGCUUCUGCAAAUACAUCUUUUGCGUGUAUUUACUCGGAGAAAAUUUUACCAGACACUUUGUAUUAUUUUCAUGUCAAAGCAUCUUGUAGUGGAGGAACAAUCAGCUCAAUUUCUAAUGGCGUAGUAAUCAUUGACUAUUCGUUACAAAUAUACGACAUUCAACAUGGACUGAGGAAUUCGCCAUGCCAUGCAUUAAAUUAUGUAACAACAUAUACUAACGGCCAAAGUCAAAUCUGUCUGGUAUCGUCAGUCUCUAUUGGGCGUUCCUAUACUGUUCACUUACACAAUACGGAUAUAACGUCAACGGCAUUUCGAAUUCCGGGGAAACUACUCGUGAUUGACAGAAUAAACAACGAGACCCGCGCGUCAUUUAUAACUUAUGUGGAAAACCCAUGUUUGACAAUAAUGUAUUCUCCAACACCAGUGUCUGUUUUGGCUUUCGAACCGAAUUCAAAUGACAGUUAUAUAAAUGGACAUGAUCGUGUUUGUCUCAGAUAUUCAUUUCCUGAUAUAAUGAAAAAUAUUGAAGGAUAUGUUCAAUAUUCUAUCAUAGAGCGAACCUGUUAUGGAAUUAGUAACACUACCUGCAUAGAAAGUACACGGCCGUUUCAGAUAUUGACUAACAACACUGUCAAUGAACUACAGAAAAAUUAUCAGUAUCGAUCAGCAAUCCGGAUUUGCAACCAACACCGAUGUUCAAGUACUAAAGAGUCUCGAUCGGUUGAUGUUGACUUCGACAUUCCUUUUGGAGAAAUCUAUUUAGCGCAAAUAGAGGAAUACACAGCAGUAAAAGGUUAUAAACUUACCGCACAAUGGAAACAGUUCCAUGCAACAAGUGGAAUCGCUCUUUACAAAUGGUUCGUCAGCGAUGACAUGGGAUGCUUGAAACAAAUCACCAAUUUAAGCACUGUUUCUAUGGAUAAACACAAUUUAGAAAUCAUAAAUAUUACCGUAACAGUAGAGUUACCAGUAAAUAAAUUCCGAUCAUUGUUUUACUGCGUGAGAGCAUAUUCCAACGUUGGUCGAAUGUAUACUGCAUCAAAAUCGUUUGCACUGACCACUGCACCAAUCACUGAUAGUGUGUAUGAUUUCGAUUGUAUGAGGAAUUCGUGGAUACAAAUUGAAAAGUUGCUCGAAAGCUACAAUCUCGGAAGUCGGUUUUCCUUCCUUCGUGAUGAGGAAGUAACAUUUGGUCAAUCAAACUCAACAAUGGUCGGAGCCAUAUUUUACAACAAUGCAAGACUAAUUAAAUGGUAUCUUAUGAAGGAAAGGCGAUUGCCUCUAUCCGAUUGCGCACUUGAUAUUUCUUGUGUUGCCACCGAGACGAAUAAGAACAGCUAUGUGCACUUUAGCAAAGAUGUCAUCUUCGAGAACACAUACUACUACAUUUGUGUAAAGACUGAAAGGAUAAACGUUACUUUGGAACAUUCUGUAGAAUAUUUGCAGCCAAUAAGAGCAUGUAGCAACGGGUUUGUUGUAGACACAAUUCCUCCGUCCGACGGAUUUGUAAACGUCACAAGUUCCAGUGGAUACAUAACAGGCAACGAAGUAGAAAUUUCCUGGCAUGGAUUCAAGGAUAAUGUUGACGCUAAGCUUUUUGGAUACCCAUCAUAUAUUCAGUUCUAUGCCUAUCAAGUUGGUACCAGACGGGGCAGUGGAGAUAUUCAGCCUUUCAGAGAAGCUGGACGUAAUGAGAGGCUUACGUACGAAUUGAACGACUUGUUCCUAGAUGGAAUGGCAUUGUAUUUUACAGUUAAAGCGUUUGAUUAUUCCGGACUUUCAUCCUCAUCAAUGUCUGAAGAGGUUAUCAUUGAUAGAUCACCGCCUUCCGUUGGAAGAGUCGUUAUAGAGCGAGAUGACAGAUCUAUUGUAUAUGUUACCUCCGAUUUUUUUACUGCGAAUGUCCAUGGAUUUGAAGAUAUUCACAGCGGCAUCAAGAACUUUGAAAUCAGCAUCGGUUCUAAAUCUGACAUUGAAAAUAUUGCACAAAAAAUCGUGUUUCGAAACGAAAUCGUCAACAUUGACGGAACUGGUCUGUUCAUUGAUGGUCACGUGUACUUCCUUUUUGCUAAAGCUGUCAAUAGAGCCGGAUUACAAUCUGUAGCAGCAGUUGCGACUUUUGUCGUUGAUCGAACUCCACCCGAAGGCGGAUACGUGUUGGAUGGGCACUGGAAUCAGUCAAUUGACCUCGACUUCCAAAUAAAUAUGCAUCAGAUCGUUUGUCAUUGGACGGGAUUUAUUGACAUUGAAUCGGGCAUAAGUCAUUUCAUUGUUGGUCUUGGUUCAAAUCCUGGAGAGGACGAUAUCGAACCAAUGUUACAUGUUGGUCUGCAAAACGACUACAGUUGGAAUUCCUCCUUCAGCGCUGGCCAAAUAUACUUCUGUUCUGUGACGGUUUGUAAUAAGGCUGGACUCUGCCUAUCAAAAUCGUCCGAUGGAAUACUGCUUGAUAAUUCGCCACCUAUUGCUGGCGUUGUAAGGGUCGGCUUGUUUGAAAAGCACUUGCACUUUCAAUCUCAAAGCACAAAUGCCCACAUUUUCUGGGCAGGAUUUGAAGAUCCACAAUCAGGUAUUCAUCAUUUUGAACUUUGUCUGGGUACCGUUAUUGAAUUAUGCGACCUUGUCCCGUAUUUCGAUACUCUGCUUCAUUCAAACAUCAUCAAAACGGGGAUAGACUUACCGAUCAAUCGCAGACUUUACGCAUCCGUGAUAGCGUUCAAUAGAGUCGGUUUGAACGCCACCAGAUCGUCUGAUUAUUUCAUUAUUGAUACAACUAAGCCUAUUGUUAGAAUGGCGCCGUCUUUUCUGCACGGCAAUACGAUGAAACUUCAAAAUACUUCAGCAGUCAGUUUUGAAAAAUCAAAACUUCACGUUGUUUGGAAAUUUGAAGACAGGGAAAGCACAAUCAUUCAACAUAUUCUGACGUUGAAAACUCAUAACGAGGGACAUACACCGUUAGACAACAUUAAACUAGGUCAAUAUGAUUCAUUUGCGAUUACAUUUGACAAGAACAAUUGGCUACAUAAUGGUGACCGAUACUGGGUGGUAGUAACAUGUUGUAAUGCCGCAGGGCUAUGUACAUCUGCGAACUCCUCCGACAUUUUGAUAGAUUCUACCCCUCCACAUACUGGUGGCUUUCUGCCUACGAUGAGUUGGAACAACCUUGGAACAUCUGGUGAUGCUUUAUCAAAUGUAUCGUUGUCAUGGUAUGGGUUUUUAGAUCAAGAAUCUGGUAUUGAAAAAUAUUAUAUCUCUGCCAGUAGUUCAUUUUCCGGGCAAGAACUAACAAAAGGUGUGUUGACAUUUCGACCAAAUACUAAUACGCAUGAACGUAUUAAUUUCUUAAGUGACAAAUAUAUUUAUCCGAAUGACAAACUGAUCUUGACAAUAUGGGCUCAGAACUUUGCAGGUCUGAAUAGUUCUGCAGCUAAAGUUACUACAAUCGCCACAUCAGAAACUCCGACAAAAAACAUUUCUGACCAGAGAGGUUUCUUGAGCAUUGAGAAACAUUCCUGUGAUAUCCAUUAUUGUGACUCAACAUGUACGUGUAGUUUGUUUAAUAAACCAUGCACAGAUGCAGUGAACUACAAAUGUGUCUCUAACAAUUCCAUUGACACAAAUAUCCAUGUUUCAUUCAUCAGUGAAAAUGGAAUAAUAGAUUCCUCAGCCUGCUUAGCUGUCCAAUGGAACUUUACAGACAUUAACCCGAAGCCGUUCAUAAAGCGAUUUGAGUGGUCUGUUGGAGAAACAGAUUCUGCAAUCGGAUAUGGCAUAUUUGAUUUGAAGCUAGAAAAGCCAUGGUUUGAUGUCGGAUUAAAUACAAGAGGUGUGUAUUGCCUUCCGACUGGAAAAAAUCUCGAUCCCGGCAAACAUUAUACAGCUUAUGUAAAGGCAUGGUUUGAGAGUGACAUGUACAAGAUUUAUUCGUCUACCCCUAUUAUUGUUGACCAAACAGCGCCUUCAGUGAAGAAACUUCACUUCGUGAAGGAUUCGACAUCUGACUGUGCCAAAGACCUGGACUACAUAGAUUGGACAGAUAAAAUAACGGCAUGUUGGCACGAUGUUUUCCAAGAACCACAAGGGCAUAUUAAGGGCUAUUAUGUAUCUCUUGGUACCGUUAUAAAUGGUAGUGACGUUUUUAACAACACAUACGUUGGACUGUACCAAAACUUAACUUUUUCGGACUUGGACUUGCAUUCAGGAACGCGUUAUUAUAUCACAGUGACUGCAAUAAAUAAUAUCCAUCGCAGAAAAACAGCUCAUUCGGAUGGCUUCGUUGUCGACACUGAUAACCCUCUAGAGGGGAUUGUGUUCAACACAAAACAUCACGUUGACGAACAUUUCCAAUCAAACGGAGACACAUUCAGUCUAUCCUGGCAUGGAUUCAUCGACCACUCGUCUGGUGUAAAGGCAUACCAUGUAGCUGUAAUCGACGUCGACGCGAUGCAAACACAUGUCAAUUUCAUUAACGUUGCGUUGAAAACAACGCACACGUUUCAGAAUGCAACUCUUUCUCAUGGACAUAAGUAUACUGGGCUUGUAAAGGCUGAGGAUGCGGCUGGUCACUUUAGCAAGAUCGUGCAUAGUACUCCGAAGCAUAUAGAUUUUUCACCGCCAAUUGGGUAUACAUGCGCACAAUACCGACCGCUUAAUAACAAGCUAUUAACUGUGUCUCAAUAUACAACGACGGAAUUUAGUUCAACGUUUCUGAAGCACGUUCCCUACGCAAUAAGAGGACUCGUAUCCAAUGAUAAUACAGAGGUAGCUGUCCGGAUAGGAAGACUAAAUAGUCCACUGGCUCUUGUUAAGAAUCAUAAUGGAACGUAUGCAUUCAAAUAUGCAUUUACAUUACCGAUGGAAAUGAAAACAAAUAUAUAUCUUGAAUUUGAUAUCAAACGCGAAACGAAUAUUUCUGUUGGCGUAUAUGAAUGUAUGGAUAUGGGAGAGGCAACACACGGAGUAGUUACUGUUUCUCAAGUUAGAAAGUCGAUGUUUAUUGUUUCCGUAAACGUCUUUGAUCCAGAUAGUGGAAUAAAAAAGAUAACACUCGGGGCUGGAACUUCACCAGGAUCGUUACAAUUACGUUCGUGGAAUGUUGCUCAUUGCGUAAAUGACGAAAUAAUGGAUCUCCAAGUCCAACAUGGCACACCCGUACACGUUACGGCUAUUGUAGAAAAUUAUGCUGGUCAUAAGUCUGUAUUUAAUUCGACUGCCGUUGUAACGGAUAUCACUCCUCCUGAAAUAUCUAAUGUUAUUUUCAACAUAGAAACUUAUAUAAAUAUAAGCGGGAACACAUCGACAAUAUCGAGCACUAUAACCGGACAAUGGAACGUCAUCGACAAUGAAACUGACAUCAAACAGUGUUCGGUUGGAAUAGGAAGAAGUUCAUACGGGUCCCCUAACAUUGUGCCCUAUACCUAUGUAAAUGAUACAAUGGUCACUUUUCAUUUAAACUCGAAUGCCCACGGUGACGUUUUAUAUGGUGUUGUGAAAUGUGUUAACAACGUUGAACUAACAACACUGGCAGCGUCAGGCGCUCUUAUUGUUGCUUACGAGAAGCCAAAUAUUGAUUUGGCACAGGUACAGUUUAUUGCUGAAGCAAUAGCAGCUGUGCCUUUUUCAGACCUUCCAAACAAGUUUCACACAAUCUCCUACAGUAACAGAAGUUCUUCAAAUGAAAAGAUUUUUGUUCAGAACAACUUGACAGCUUUGAAAGUGGAAUGGGAUGGAAUAGCGGAUGCUGCAGGUCUGAACAACUACGAAUACCGCGUGAUGACCUCAGAGGGUGUUACUGUUAAUUGGACUGAUUGUGGCAAUUACACGUUUGUUGAUAUCACUGGUUUGAACUUGAAACCGGAAGCAAUUUACGCAAUUCAAAUCAGGGCUACCAAUCUGGCCCACGCCACAAGCGACGAUAUUCAAACAUACACAUUCCCAAAAGGGUCAGCACCACAGCUAACCGGCAAUGACGCUCGUAUUACCCUUAGUCAUAACAACAUCACAUUAGAUUGGAGCGAUGUUUUUGAAGAACACUUUCUAAUAUCGCCAAUGAAUACAUAUGACGUAGUUGUGGGUACACGUGCGGGUAACAACGACGUCAUCGACUUGUCUAAAAAGAAAGAAACCACCAUCCAGUUUCUUAAACCAAAAUCCUCUCUUGCUAACUCUAUCCCAACUGAAAUAUUUGUUGUAAUCAUCUGUUGGGACGCUAAUGGUCAGUUUGGAGUAUAUCAAACUCGCUUGCAAUUGGAUAGAAAGUAAAGUAUGUCAUUGAUAAGAUCCACAAUAUUUUACACGGACGUUUUUGUCGUCCAUGUGUACACGUAUUAGUAUGCCCAGUAAAGGAUACUUUAAUAAUUUGUAUAAUGGGAUGUUGAGUUGAUUGUUUGUUUUACACGAUAUUUUAAAUAACAUUUAAAUCAUUAACGUUGGAUGCAGUGUUUUUAUAUGUCUGGGUGUGAUUCAACAAAACAUAUUGCAAAAAUAACUUGUAUAAAUUUUUUGUAUAAAAUAAUGUAUCUUUAGCUUUAAAAAGCAUAGAUUUUGUUUUAUUGUAACUAACGUAUGUCCAUGUAUAUAGAAUCAUAGUUAGCUUAAUAUACUCAGUAAUAAAAGAAAGUUUCACUUAACCGAAAGCAUGUACACUAGUUUACUAAAAUAAUCUUGACCGAUUUUUAGUAAAUACACGUUGUUUCGGUACCGAGGGAGUAACACUUGUGAUUAUAUUAACUCAAACUUCUUUGUGUAAUAUUACUGUUGAUAUAAUUAUAUUUUGUUUUUCAUUUUUACAUUAACGCUGAAUAGUUAUUGGAUAAUAUAGUCCCGAUUGACCUGUGUUUUAUUUCCUGCUGAACCUUUUAUGCAAAUAAACGAUAUAUUACUGAA